CGCACGUGUUUAUGCGCAUGGCCUUGAGUGUUAUGAAAACAUGAGUUAGGUUUCACUGACAAGGCUGUACAAUAUAAAACCCAGUGAAUGUUAGCAGUAAACGGGAACAGAUUGGUAACAAAAUCAGUGUUUACAAGGAACUUCAAAAUGACUGCCAUCCUGAAAACCAUUGCAUCUGCCUUCACCUCCAGUGGCAUAGAAACGCCCAGUUAUACAGUUGUCAGGAAGAAUGAGGACUAUGAGGAGCGAGCCUAUCCAGCCACUAUGUGGGUUAGCACCACAGAGAAAGGCAUGGACCAUAGCUAUUCUGUGAGGCAGGGUUUCUGGAAACUUUUCAACUAUAUUCAAGGGAAGAAUGAAAAGGAUAUGAAGAUAGACAUGACAGCUCCUGUGGCAACUAGAAUACUCCCUGGGGCUGGGCCAAACUGUGAGAACACAUUCACUGUAUCGUUCUUUAUUGGGAAGAAACAUGAGGGAAAUCCCCCAAAACCAACCAAUCCAGAUGUGUUCUUAGAGGAGUGGCCUGCCAAGCAUGUGUUUGUGAGGAGCUUUGGAGGGUUCGCCAAUGAUGACAAGUGGAUAGACCACUCCCAAGCUUUAGCUAACAGUCUACAGAAAAAUGAUGAGCCCAUAGCCCAGGAUUACUACUAUACUGCGGGAUACGACAGCCCUUUUAAAAUGUUUAACAGGACAAAUGAAGUUUGGUUUGAAAAGCAAAAAUCUCAAGAACACUAGGUGGAUGAAAUGUCUCAAACUCAUGUAAAUCAUUUAUGAUUAUUGAUUAUUGACAGAAUCAAAAAAUGAGAUAAUAUAGCAUUUCCAUGAGACCAUGCUGCAAGCAGUCUCAUUAUACACUACAGGUACAUUGGAGAAUUAAAAAGUUGUGUAAGAUGUGACGAGCAUCAGGGGAUGUCACAGGAGCACUUGCAGUACUGUAAAUAUAUGAAAACAUGUAUUUGGAGAAGGAACUUAAGACCAUUAAAAGCAGUAGAAUUCCUACUUGGCAAAAAUGUCUUUUAGGUUUUUUAAGUUGAAAGUGCUAUCAGACUUGUGUAUCAAGCUUAUCUGUAGCUUUGUUGAAGUAACCUCCAAUGCUUUCCUGGCAUAUCAACUAAGUUAAUUGGGACAAGAGGCACAUAUGUAACAUAUUUCAAGUGCAAUUAGUAGAAUCGCUUUCUUUAUGUUCUCUGAAUUUGAAUGUGCCAGUUGUUCUAUUAAUGCUAGGGUUUUAACCUGAGAAGUAUUUUAAUGCUUUAAGUAUUUUAAAUCUAUUUGCAUUCCACUGGUUAUGUACUUGUUACUUGUGUGUAUUCAUUCUUAAGAUCAUUUAUUAUAAAUGAUUUCCAAAGAUUUUGUAUAAAAUUGAUGAUCCUUUUAGAUUGUCACCAGAGUUUUGAUGAAAUAAAAUAAUAUUAUACUGA